GUCCAGAAACCAUGGCGUGCCACACACUGCUGCUGACGGCCGGAGCUGUGCUGGUGGUGGUGUCAGGCACCGCAGCGGCGGCAGGGAAUAGCAACGCCGUGAUGCCCGACCGGUACUGCCUCUCCUGCCUGUGCGUGGCCUCGAGUGACUGCGACCUGAACACGCCGUGCCGGGAGGUGGGCGGCAGGUCCUUCUGCGGCCCCUUCUACAUGACCGAACACUUCUGGAGGGCGUCCAACGUCAGCACCGAACAGCGCUUCAGUCAGCUCGAUUACCUCGGCUGUGCCCAGGACGUGGACUGCGCCGGCCAGGCGGUCACUCUCUACAUGGCCAGCCACGCCACGGACUGUGACGACGACGGCCACAUCACGUGCAAGGACUUUGGUCUGACGCACCUGCUGGGGCCGCGCCGGUGCCACGACCCGGCGCAGCGCCGCACCGCCGAGGAGACCGUGUUCGUGCGCCGCUUCGCGCGCUGUCUGCUGGACACCCUGGGCCUGCUGGGAGCCGGUCGGCGGGUGCGGCCGCACUGCCAGCCGCGACUGCUCACCUGGCGGGCGGCGGCCGACUUCGACAGCGAACAGCAGCAGCUGCUCUGAACAGCUGCUCUGUGUGCGAACUGACAACAGCUGCUCAGAGAGGGACAGACUUCGACAGCCAGCAGUAGCAGCAGCUGUUCUGACUCUGAAAGCUGACAGUCUGAGAGAGGCUGCGUGGACACGGGUGGACAGUCGCGGGCCUCGGGAGUGCGCGACUGAGCACGGGUACAGCGGCUGGAGCGAUGGUGCAGUGGACCGACUGCGGAGAACAGAGGCUGUUGAAACUGUUGUUAGUUGUACGCUAGGUGUGUCUUUCCAACCAAUAGCUAGACACUAACAUGAACAAUCUUCGACAGUGAACGGUGUUACUGUGCAGUCUCCAACUGGACAGAGGACAUCCAACGACCGAUCUUAGAGAAGACGUACACAAUCUACAGUGACGGCGCUUACAUAAUGUCGGCAAAUACCAAAUCGACCAAAUGGGUUGGAUGCAGGCUUGGAAAGGCCGGAUUCCAAGCACAUUAUCUCUGGCAGUCCGUGGGACAAACCCAGUGGCGCACAGGACCGUCGGACUGCUGAGCUGCCUUCGAGGGACGGCAGCCGGAGUCUAGUGAUUUACUGCUGGAAUUCCGCUAAUCCUUGCCCGGCGGCCCGAGCCGUCCCGGAGCAUCGUCAACUGCUCUGUCCUCGGGGACGCCAACAGGCCGGCGUGGGCCAGGAAUGCCGCUCUGGGGAUAAGGCGCUUUGAAGAUCUACUGGCGAUUUCGCGACUCCACUCGACCUUCCACAUGUCAACCAGCGAAUAUUGCUGGAACGAUGCAGGAUUGGCGAUUGGACCGAACGACAGACGGCGUAACUGCCAUCGCUGGAUUGUCCGUGCAGUGCGACUGACGACUGCCAUUCUACCAUUAGUGCCAUACCGGAGAUGGUGACCGGUCGGUGCGGGCCGUCCCACCACAGUGACCACUGCAGUGACCUCCGCCGUGCCGGCGCCGGAGUGGAGCGACGCACCGGCGCCGCCGGAUCCAAGGACACUCGUCACCGACUGCAGGGAUACCGGCGCCUGCUGCAUGUGACUGGUGACUGGUAGUGACUGUCACAAUGGCCGGUGACUGAGGCUCUUAUCACUGGGGUAUUGUGGAGGCGGCAGGCGCACUGCUCUGUGGUUACCAUUCUAAUUAGCAGAACCUGUUCUUGAGAGAACGUAAUUCAGGCGAAGAGGACAAGAGAAAGACCGGACCAGACGGAGUGGUCAUCCCAGCCGCCAAGGUAACCGCCGCUCGCUGACCGUGGCUAACCUUGUGUGAUAGUGCGUGGGAGUAUGCUACUCAGCAUUGCCAUCCGGAACUGACUCAUCCAGAGCCGAUCGAAACAAGAGUUAUACGGCGUCCGGACUGCAGCGACCUGAAGCAUGCGAGCCGACCGUGACACUUCUGAGAACCGCAGCCGCAUGCCAGAGACGCACUAUGUGUGAUAAGUGACCCGGGACGGCAUCAAGGCACAUUGGUGGACCUGUUUGGGCUGCGACGUGACUCGACGGUCGUCAAUGCAAUGCAGCGAGAUAUGCGAGAUGGAGAGCCCCAGUAACUCGGCCGCCGAAUCGAUCACAGUGAUCGACCUCGACCUCUUCAUGGAACAGUGUGUCGAUCGCCGAAUUCAGAGGACAGCGGGGCCGGAGACAGCCCCUGAAACCGCGACACAGAGGGGACCGGAGACAGCCCCCUGAGCCCCACUGUCACAGAGGGGCUGGAGACAGCCCCUGGGCUGCACCGUCGCCCGGGUCAUGGAACCGGCCGCACAGACCUUGGCUCCAGCUGCUUUGCAUACCCGCUCACAGACUGCCCCAUAAACCAGAAUCAGCCAACGCAAGGACACCGAUCGCAGGCAAUAAACUUCAAAACACAGGACUGUUUCCAGCCGACACUUCUCCACUCAGUCGGCAAUGGCUCAGCGGGGAUAGCUGUGAAUACGACUGUGAAAGGGUAAAUGUUCGCGUCGUACGGCCUGGUGCUCGUCUCACAAUGGGCUGUCCCUUCGCUGGGUGAUCCUGUGAUAGGCUCGCAGCCGCUAAUAAUGCCGUAGCCAUCAUUUGCACUAGAGGGUCUGCAACUGAUGUGUUGAUGGUAGCCCGUGUAACUGAGGUGAGUAGUUACACGGGUCCGUAGGUACAUGUACUGAUAAGCACAGCGUCACAAUCACGUAACAGGAUCACUGACGUUUUAUGACGUUACACCUUCAGAGACAGAUGGUCCGGCCGGCCCCAUCCGUGACACACCAAGGUCCCCCCAGUCAGUUGUGGUCACGAAUCUCAGCCUAUCUGACAGCCCCACCACUGGUCCCAGUCAUAAGCUCUGUAGACGACAAAAAGUAUC